CACACACACACACACACACACACACACACACACACACACACACACGACUCAGUUCCCAGUUGUUUUGCGUGGUGAGUGGACACGUACACGCUUACGUACCGCAUAUAUAUUCAUAUACACCUUUUUUUAAACUAUACCCUCAAGUACAGGUGCUGCUCCUACGUACAAUUAUUGGUAUUGCUGCUAUAACUAUUACUGCUGCACGUAUCACUUCCACACGAGGACGAGAAAGAUGCCCGAUUCACAACAAGAGUUUUUAAUAGCCACGAAAAAUCGAACAUUCGUUCCCUUGGACAGCCCGGAGCAGGAAGAGUGGCAAGGCUCGUUCACGUUCAUCCAGGCGGCGGACACACAGCUCGGCCUGCAGGAGCGGUACGUGGAGAAGCUCACGAGCCCCGGAUGGAGCAAGGAGAUAGCAUGGACCAAACAAAUGGUUCGAGACAUAAACCUAAUGAGCCCACCGCCGAAGUUCCUCGUCAUCUGCGGGGAUUUGAUAGACGCCUACCCCUACCCCGACCAGGAAGACACUAGGAAAAUGCAGGAGAGUGACUUGAAGAAGGAACUGACGGCACUUAACAUACCCCUCGUGUGUGUGUGUGGGAACCAUGAUGUCGGCGAUUCGCCCACCGCCGCCACCGUGCACACCUACAGGGCCUCCUUCGGGGACGACUACUUCAGCUUCUUCUGCGGCGGCGUUUACUUCCUGGCGGUGAACUCGCAGUACUGGGAGGACUCCACCCAGUGUCAGGACCUGGCUGCCCAGCACGAGGCCUGGCUGGACGCGCGGUUGGCGGAGGUGAAGGCGAAGGAGCCGCUGCACGUCGUGGUGUUUCAACACAUCCCUCUGUUUAUAAGCGACAUCGACGAGCCUAAACAAUACUUCAAUAUUCAACCCAAACUUAGAAAGGAAAUAUUAGACAAAUUUAAGAAAGCAGGAGUAAAAUACAUCUUUUGUGGACAUUACCACCGCAAUGCAGGUGGAAAAUACGGUGACCUGGAGCUGGUGGUGACCUCGGCAGUGGGCGCCCAGCUAGGUCACGACGACCAUGGCUAUAGAGUGGUCAGGGUCACCAAGGAAAAGCUGGACCACCAGUAUUGUAGCCUUGGGACUACACAUGUGCAGAAGUAAUAACUAUCGAUUAUAUUGUACUUAGGUAUUAGAGGCUUGUCAAUAUGGAUCUAUAUUGUAAAUGACACCAGCGCGCGCAUAGGUGUGUGUGUGUGUGUGUGUGUGUUGGGGGGUUGGUUUACAACAUGAAUUCAUAAUGACGCAUCGAUCAAAUAAUUAUUGCAUAAUUACAUGUAAUCAAUACAUUACUCCCGCUCAGAUUCCCUGAACGGAACUAAAGUAAUUAGAUGUUGGGUGGACACACACCUUGUCAAGAUAGACAAACACACACAGAUACACACACACCUUGUCAAGAUAGACAAACACACACAGAUACACACACACUUUGUCAAGAUAGAUAAACACACACAGAUGCACACACACUUUGUCAAGAUAGACAAACACACACAGAUACACACACACUUUGUCAAGAUAGACAAACACACACAGAUACACACACACUUUGUCAAGAUAGACAAACACACACAGAUACACACACACUUUGUCAAGAUAGACAAACACACACAGAUACACACACACUUUGUCAAGAUAGACAAACACACACAGAUACACACACACUUUGUCAAGAUAGACAAACACACAGAUUCACAUACACUUUGUCAGACAGAACAAGUGUUAAUAGCACAAAAACUGUGCUAGAUCGGCGUCGCAUAACCCUCCAACACACCCCCAACAAUUUAUAUUAUGCAACUAGGGGUCUAAAAUGGAAAAUGCCGCCAUCAGGCCCUACUAUAUAAAGGCCUACCGGCGCCACAGGCCAAAAAAAAAAAAGUUUAUAAUGCCAUAUUGUAGGGGUCAUUAGGGCUAACAAAUGAUAGGUAUUAUACAAUGUCAUGUCUACAAUGCGUGGGUAAGCCAGGAAAAUAACUUGAAGAGAACAGCAACAAGAAGAUGGACAAUCUGUUGGGUGGGCAAUUUAUUUUUGUAGGUGGGAAGUCGCCCACCCAGUUAACAUGUUACGUUUAGGCCUGCGCACACACGCCUUGUCAGGUGGAUAGGCACACAUAUAUACAGUACACACACCUUGUCAGGUAGACCGACGCACACACACCUUGUCAAGGGGGGGCUGUCUGCCCCUCUCUUCUUCACCCCCCACCGGCGAGCAAUGACCAAGACAAUGGCCCAGGGUGGGGACACUGCCUCGCGGCAUCUAUGAAUCACCCGUUAAUAUUUGAAAUGAGAUGAUGAAUGGGGCUUCCACAUUUACGACUUGACAAAUGUCAACUAAAUGGUUCAUAUAUAAUUUUUAUACAAAUAAUUUUGUAUGGUGAAAAUAGUUUUGUAGUGAUAAAUUUAUUUUUCUGCACUGAUGCAAGACUUGUUUGAUCAAAGAGCAGCAAUGCAUCAACAGUCUUCAUAGUUUUCAUUAUUGAAACACCUCCCCACUAAUGAAAGCCAUCCACAAUAAAUACAAGCAUGGGAAUUUUCAAAGGAUGUUAGUUUGCAGUGUUCACUUUAUUUUAUAUUGAAAACUUAGGUUCCAACUAUGUAUACAAAAUUAUUAUGAUUGAUUGGGAUGAAUAGGAUAAAAAAACAAUAAAUAUAGAAGGCAUAGAAAGCAAUUUGAUUCUCACUAACAUAUAUGACAACUCUGCUGUGUGUGUGUGUGUGUGUGUGAGUGAGAGAGAGAGAGACAGAGAAGGGGGGGUGGGGGGAGAUGAAUAAAAGGAUAAGUAAAGGUAUAUCAAACUAGCAUAACAAAUGAAAAUCAAAUCUUUUUAUUUUCCUCCAAUCCAUUCCCAGUGCUGUGAUCCACCUUCUAGCCCUGUAGCCUUCAGAGUAACCAACUUUCCUAUCCCUGGCAGACCUUCAAGGGAACAACUAACUUCCUCUGUUCCAUAAAACAUUUGUAGCUGUUUCUGUUCCUACAAAUUCUUACACUCCAUCAUAUUGAUAAAAAAAUAAAAAAAAAAUAAAAAAAAAUAAAAAAAUAAAAA